CAAGCCUCCGGCUAAACGUCUUUGAAAAGACUCUGCAUCCACCUUCUAGACUCCUAGUUAUUAAAGAGCAUUGUUCUCGCUUAGGUAAAGUCGGGAGGUUGCUGAGUCGUUGCAGACUGUACUCCGACCUCUUCCGAACGAACGUGUGGCCAAAUUCGUACUAACGACAUAAACUCACGUGCGUUCUCAUCAUCCAAUCUUCAAUCGCCGCGGUGUACGAAACGUCCAAUGCAACUUCGUCGGCUCUUAAAAGCCUCAUUCCCCUCGUUGGGCCGCCAAACACGUUUUCCUUCCCGUUAUCCUCAUUUCACCAGAUCGUUGGCUUCCGUAGCAAACGAAACAAAUAUGUCUCUAGCAACUCGCCCAGAACUGCCUCGUCAAUUGAGCACCACGAGCGGUGAUUAUGAUUCAUCCAACACGACAAGUGUGCGCAGACAUCUCAAGACUUACGGUCUCACCCCGCCUGCCGUUGAGAGCUUCGAGGUGCAGACUCAACGAUGCAUCAGGCUCCUGGCUAUGAAGAUGACCCCAAUCGAGAAGUUCCAGUACCUUGUCCACCUCAAGGCCACCAACUGCCACCUCUUCUACAGACUGUUGUCGGAGAACAUCAAGGAAUUGACACCCCUCAUCUACACCCCGACCGUCGGUGAGGCCUGCGUACGAUGGCACGAAAUCUGGACACAACCCGAGGGCAUGUACAUAUCCUACAGCGACCGUGGCCAUAUCCGCCAGGUCCUCGACAACUGGCCCCACGAUGUGGAGAUCACCGUCCUCACAGACGGCUCCCGUAUUUUGGGACUGGGAGAUCUGGGUGUGAAUGGCAUGGGUAUCCCCGUGGGCAAGCUGUCUCUCUACACUGCCUGCGCUGGUAUCAAGCCAGAUGCUACUCUGCCUCUCUGCCUUGACCUGGGAACAAACAACGAGGCUCUGCGAGAGGAUCCCUUGUACAUGGGCUCCAGGGUCCCCAAGGUGUCCGCCGAGGAAGAGAAGGAGUUCCUCGACGAGCUCAUGGACGCCCUCACUGACAAGUGGCCAAACAUCGUUAUCCAGUUCGAGGAUUUCAAGAACCCUUUCCCUGCCCUGCAACGCUACCAGCACAAAUACAGCAUGUUCAACGACGACGUGCAAGGCACCGGCGCGGUCAUUGUUGGUGGUUUCAUCAACGCCGUCAAGGCAUCUGGUGUGCCUGUAAAGGACCACAAGGCCAUCUUCCUCGGUGCCGGCAGUGCUGGUGUUGGUGUCGCUAGGCAAAUUGUCGAAUUCUUCAUCAAGGAGGGUUUGACAGAAGAAGAGGCUCGUCGCAAGUUCUGGUUCGUCGACUCGCAAGGUCUUGUUACCAAGGACCGUGGCGACAAGCUCGCCGACCACAAGGUGUACUUUGCUCGCGAUGAUAACAACGGUCGCCAAUAUCAGUCCCUUGCCCGCCUAAUCGACUUUGUCAAGCCUACGAUCCUUAUGGGAUUGUCGACAAUUGGUGGAGCGUUCAACAAGGAAAUUCUUCAGAAGAUGGCCAAGCUGAACGACAGGCCUAUCGUCUUCCCCCUCUCCAACCCCUCCAGCAAGUCUGAGUGCACAUUCGAGGAGGCGGUCCGCCACACUGAUGGCCGCUGCCUUUUCGCCUCAGGUUCUCCAUUCCCGUCGAUGGAGUGGAACGGCAAGAAUCUCACACCCGGUCAAGGAAACAACAUGUAUGUCUUCCCGGGUAUUGGACUCGGUGCUAUCUUGUCCAAGACCAAAACCAUUACACAAGACAUGAUCUACGCAUCGGCAGAAUCACUUUCAACUGCCCUCAAUGAGCAGGAAGUCGCCGAUGGUUGGAUAUACCCCGAUAUCCGCCGCAUUCGUGAAGUAUCCGUCACAGUCACGCGCGGUGUUAUCCGCACCGCUCAGAAGAACGGCGUUGACCGUGCAACCGAGCUACGAGAUCUCGAUGAUGAGCAGCUCGACGCUUACAUCAAGAAGAGCAUGUACGACCCGUUCAACGAGCGCGCAAACGGCGAAGAUGAGGGCGCCGAUCUCGUCGCGUCUGGCUCAAACUCAGACCUCAACGACGUCACAAGCGGUGUAUCUCACUUGUAAUGAUUACUUCUUCCAUCUUUGGCGUCAUGGGUUACGGCCUGGGUCUCUGCAUUGUUUCACGAUCAAAAAGUUUAGACUUGGCUCCGGGAUACGGAAAACUGCUCCUCGAGCGUAGAUAGCUUCGAUACCCUGAUACAUAUCCUCCAUUACAAAAUAC